AUGUCCACAGCAAAGGUCAAGACAGGUCAGCUGUUCAGCAAGAACAAGGAUGACCUGAUGAAGAUGCUCGGCGAGCUCAAGACCGAACUCGGUCAGCUCCGCAUCGCAAAGAUCACCUCCUCCGGCUCCAAGCUGAACAAGAUUCACGACCUGCGAAAGUCGAUUGCCCGAGUCCUCACCGUCGUCAACCUGAAGCAGCGCCAGCAACUGCGUCUGUUCUACAAGAACAAGAAGCACCUGCCCCUCGACCUCCGCCCCAAGCAAACCCGUGCCAUCCGCCGUCGCCUAUCACCCGAGGAGAAGUCAAAGACGCUGGAGAAGACCAAGAAGCGAUCCACGCAUUUCCCGCAACGCAAAUACGCUGUCAAGGCUGCUUAG